CGCUCUGCUGCGCCGCGAGCCCUGGGCUGGACCGAAAAGCGAGCGGGAGAACCAGCAAAAGGCGCGAUCGAAGGAGCAAGGCAAGCAGAACGCCGACCCGGUCGGCCCCAACCCGCUCCCCCGUCGAUCGCCGGGCCGGCCGCGUUCACUUCUGUAACUGAGAUGGAUAUGAUGUAACCUUCACUGAGUCAAAGAAUGGCAUCUAGUCCUGAGCUUUCCACUGAAGAUGAACAAGUUUCCGUGGGCAUCGAGGAUCUCCAUAUUUCGCUGCAAGCUGAACAGGAAGACACUCAGAAGAAAACAUUCACCUACUGGGUAAACUCACAGUUGGCAAAGCACACCCCUCCAUCAGUUAUAUCAGAUCUAUUCACAGAUGUUAAAAAGGGGCAUGUCCUUCUGGACCUGCUAGAAGUACUGUCAGGACAACAGUUGCCUCGAGAUAAAGGAUCUAAUGCAUUCCAAUGUAGAAUCAAUAUAGAACAUGCCCUGACAUUCCUAAAAAACCAAUCAAUCAAGCUAAUAAAUAUUCAUGUUACUGAUAUUAUAGAUGGAAACCCAUCCAUUAUUCUUGGCCUAAUUUGGACAAUUAUACUGCACUUUCAUAUCGAAGAACUUGCCCAGACUCUUUCUUGCAAUUACAAUCAGCCUUCCCCAGAUGACGUGAGUGUGGUUGACUCGUCUCCUGCCACAAGUCCUCCAGCUAAGAAAUGCUCCAAAGCCCAAGAAAGAUGGCAGAUGUCUGCAAAGAAGGCUCUUCUCUUGUGGGCUCAGGAGCAAUGUGCCACGUAUGGGUCUGUUAGUGUGACAGAUUUUAAGUCAAGCUGGAGAAAUGGGAUGGCUUUUCUGGCUGUCAUUCAUGCCUUGAGACCAGGCCUAAUUGACAUGAAGAGUGUAAAGCAUAGAUCCAACAAAGAGAAUCUGAAAGAGGCUUUCAGAAUUGCAGAAGAAGAACUAAAAAUCCCUAAAUUGCUGGAACCAGAAGAUGUGGAUGUUGUUAAUCCUGAUGAAAAGUCGAUCAUGACCUAUGUGGCACAGUUUCUAAAGUAUUCAAAGGACACAUCUGGAACUCGAGAUGAAGCUCAGGGAAAGGUGAAAGAUGCUAUGGACUGGUUAACUCUACAAGAGAGAAAACUACAGAAAAUGCUGAAGGAUUCAGAAAAUGCAACCUACUAUAAAAACUAUGAAAGCCUACUGUCCUUUUUGGAGUCAUUCAGUGAAGAAAGAAAACCUUUUUUGGACAUCCUGUUGAUAAAAAGGAAUCUGGAUGAGCUGAAUGAAGAUCAGUUACAGUUGAGAGAAGUCUGGGAUGGCCUCAACAGCCAGAUUAAUGUGUGGAAAACAAAACUGAAUCAUGCUUUGCCUUCACCCCUCCAUCAAAUUGAAGCUUGGCUCCAGGAGGUGGAGGAGUUUAUAGGUGAAGAUUUGCCAGCCUCCCAGGAUUACUGUGAAGCCAUGGCUCUAACGCAAGAGAAAAUUACUUUAUUCAAGAGUCACAUGGAUAAAUUUGACUGGCAUUUAAAUAGUCUCCUGGCAUUUGAAAAUAGAGAUGAAAAGCAUUUGCCAUUGGUACCACCAAACAAAUUGGAGGAAAUGAAAAGACGAAUCAACAACAUUUCGGGGAAAAAAUUCAUUCCACUUCUACAAUUUCAUUACUCUAAGUUCUCAGUUCUUCGUUUGCUAGAUGAAGUGAAAUCAAAAUUGGAUGUUUGGAACAUCAAAUAUGGGAAUAAAGAGUCUGUGGAAUUAUUGCUGGAAGACUGGCAUAAAUUUAUUGAAGAAAAGGAGUUCCUAGCCCAACUUGAAACUUCUUUUCAACAAUGUGAAGAAAUUCAUAAGAAUUUGGCUGGAGAAUAUCAGAACAUUAGUAAACAAUAUGCAAUGGUGGAAUAUAAUAUUUGUAUCUAUAGAAAAAAUAUAGAUAACGUGAAGUCCACACUACAAAAAGUUCUGGCGUGUUGGGCUACUUACGUGGAAAACCUUCGCUUACUAAAGGCUUAUUUUGAGGAGAUGAAGAAGGAGAAGAUUAAAGAGGUUCCCUCUGAGACACUAUCCCUAUGGAAUCGAGACCAUACUACUUUAAAUGAAGUGGGAAAUUUCUUAAUUCAAGUCAGCAAUGACGAAGUUGGAUCAUCUAUUUCUAAAGAACUGAGAAGGCUGAAUAAAAGAUGGAGAAAGUUCAUUACAAAAACUCAGCUUGAAAUGAACCUGCCACUUCAAACAAAACAGUUUCAGCCCAUUCCUGACAAUUCUGGAAAUGCUCAACUACCUAAAGUAGAAAAACCAACUAUUGAUUUUUCAAUGGUUAUGUCAGGAGAACUUCCUGAAAAUCACAAUCAGGAUAUAAAGGCUGGAGAAGGACAUGAAAAAGCAAGUGAAGAAUUUACAGGGCAAUUAAAAGUGGCUGAAGAUGUUGAAAAACUCAUUGAACAAGUGGAAAUCUGGGAGGCAGAAACCAAAUCUGUCUUAGAUCUUCUGAGACAUCAAGAUGAUAUAGAUAGCUCAGUGGAAGAAUCUUUGCAGCAUCUUAUUGCCAAAGGCUCUAUGUAUGAAGAGCUGGUGUCUAGAACUGAAGAUACUUUACAAAUGGAUGUACAAAAUAUUUCAAGCCAGGAAUCCCUUGAACAUGUUCUCACAGCUGGUCUACAGGCAAAGAUUCAAGAAGCUAAAGAGAAAGUCCAGAUCAGUGUGGUGAAAUUAGUUGCAGUGUUGAAAAACUCUACUGACAUUUCACCAGACCUGGACGUCAGGCUGAAGGUGGAAGAAUCGCAGAAGGAACUCGAAUCAUACAUUGCAAGGGCUGAGCAGUUACUUCGCCAAAGAAAGAGCCAGAGUGGACUAAUUUCAAAAUACAAGGAAGCACUAAAAAUUUUUAAUACUAGAAGUCUGGCCAAGUAUUUAAAAGCUGUUGAAGAACUGAAAAAUAAUGCAACUGAGGAUGUAAAGCUGUCUUUGGAAGAAGAGAGUAGAGGUUUCUGCGCCAAAUGGGAGUCUCUUCAUCAUGAAAUGUCUUUGUAUAUUCAACAAAUAAAAAUAGACAUUGAAAAAGGAAAACUAAGUGACAGUAUUUCAAAACUCGAAAAACAAAUAAAUAAAGAAAAGAAACUGAUUCGCAGAGGAAGGACCAAGGGUCUCCUCAAGGAACAUGAGGCCUGCUUUUCUGAGGAAGGCAAUCUGUACCAGCUUGAUCACCACGUGGCUGUCCUGCGGGAGCUGUGUGAAGAGCUGACUUCACAGAGGAGUCAACAAGACACGAGGAGAGUGCUCACAGAUUAUGAACAAAAGAUAGAAAGACUUCGGAAACGUGCUUCCGAGAUUCGUAUGACCCUGCAGUCCACAGUGGGAGACACGUCGAUAAACAAGGGGAUGAUGAGCACAUCUGAAAAUGGAGGAAGGGAGGCCCACUGUGAGAUGCCAUCUGGAAACUCAGAUGAUCAGCCUUCAGCUGAAAAGGCAAUGGAAUCGAGUGAGAGUUUCAGCGUGGGAUCUGAAUUAAAGCCUCAGCAGGAAGAAAGCAUUAUGGAAAAGUAUGAAAAGGAUCAUAAUGCAUCUGUAAAUAGUUUACGAGAGAGAUAUGAUAUGCACAGAGAAACUCUUGAAUUAUACCUACAAAACAACAAAUUCAGGAUCACUUCUGAUUUCUCUGGUGACAGGGAAGGGAGUAGCACUUGCCUGCAGGAUAAGCUGACAGAGCUACAGGUCUUAAAAAAUGAAAUGGAUGCUUGCUGGAAAGAGUUUGAAAUCACUUCAUUGAAGUUAGAAGAGCUUGAGAGUGACAUGAAGAAACCUUUUUUAGUUCAGGCGAGAGACAGAUUAAAGGGAGAAGAAAGAGAGGUUCAGAUGACUCUUAAUACCAGAAUGGAGUCUUUGGAGAGCGCACUGCAGAUUGUAUUACCCGUAGAGAAGGAAUCACUCCUUGUCUGUGGUUCAGACCUGCUUCUCCAUGAAAUGGCCAUUGAGGAAUUUCACCUCACUGAUGCUGAUGGCAUUUAUCAAAAUCUGAGGAAUAUCCAAGAUUCCAUAGCAAAACAGAUCGAAAUAUGCAACAAUUUGGAACAGUUGGGCAACUAUGCAUUAAAGGAAUUACACCCACUUGAUAUAUGUGCAACGCAAUGUAUUAUACAGAAACUCAGAACACAACUCGAAGAAGUGAACUACAAGGUGCAGAGGAGUAAAGAUGCCCUCAAAGCUCUGGAAGAGUUUUUGGCUUCUCUGAGAACAGCUGAACUUUCUUUUGAGCCUGUUACAAACCUUUCAGCCUCAGAUAUACAGAUGGUACCAGGAAAUACUUUGGCAGUAGAAAAUAAAGAGGGAGAAAUUCAUCUAAUGAAAGAUAUGGCAAGACUUUUGGAUAAACGUUUGAAGAUACUCAAUAUAAGCUUUAAAGAUGCUGAGCAGUGUGAAGAUACCUCCUGUGAAAAACUUCUUGAUGCUUUGUCCAAAAAGUUCUGUGAGACACAUGGCCAUGGUGUACUGGAGGAACUCAGUGAAGAAGACAAAUUACUCAAGAUUUGUAUUUUAAAAAAUAACGAACUCCUGAAAAAUAUUCAAGAGGUACACAAUCAAAUCAGUAAGAUUGGUCUUAAGGAUCCAACUGCUCCAGCUGUAAAACAGCGGAAAAAAUCGUUACUCAAACUGGAUAAGGAUCUAGAUGAAUAUGAAGAAGAGAAGAAACACUUGCAAGAAAUGGCUAAAUCUCUCCCAGAAUUCAAAGAUGGCAGAGAAAAAGCUCUGAAUCAACAGUGCCAAAAUACAGCACUCUGGUGGGAGAAUACAAAAGCUUUAGUCACUGAAUGCCUUGAUCAAUGUGAAAGAGUUUUGGAGCUCUUAAAACAGUAUCAGAAUUUUAAAAGUGUCUUGACAACUUUGAUUCAAAAAGAAGAGAGUGUCAUCUCCCUUCAGGCAUCAUACAUGGGAAAGGAGAACCUGAAGAAAAGAAUAGCAGAGAUUGAAAUUGUCAAAGAAGAAUUUAAUGAACAUUUGGAAAUUGUAGACAAGAUUAACCAGAUCUGCAAAAAUCUACAAUUUCAUCUAAAUAAAAUGAGAACCUUUGAGGAGCCUCCUUUUGAGAAAGAAGCUAACAUUAUUGUGGACAGAUGGCUUGAUAUAAAUGAGAAGACAGAAGACUACUAUGAAAAUCUUGGUCAUGCGCUAGCUUUAUGGGAAAAACUUUUUAACUUAAAAAGUGCCAUUGAUGAGUGGACUGAAAAGGUCCUUCAAAAAAUAGAAUUACAUCAACUGUCUGAAGAGGAAAGAGAAAAGUUAAAGGAAGAGUUACAAGUCCAUGAACAAAAACCUUCUGAAUUUUCUAAGAGAGUGGCUAAAAUACAGUUUCUUCUUCAAAGCAGUGAAAUACCUCUUGAAUUGCAGGUCAUGGAGUCCUCUGUUCUGAACAAGAUAGAACAUGUAAAAAUGUGUUUAACAGGAGAAUCCAACUGCUGUGCACUCGGUGGCAGCACAACCGAGCUAAGGGAGGACCUCGACCAAGCCAAGACCCAGAUAGGAAGGACUGAAUCCCUCUUAAAAGCCUUGUCUCCUUCCGACAGCUUAGAGAUCUUUACUAAACUUGAGGAGAUACAACAACAAAUUCUACAGCAAAAGCACAGUAUGAUGUUACUUGAAAAUCAGAUAGGUUGUCUGACUCCUGAACUCUCUGAAUUGAAAAAACAAUAUGAAAGUGUCAGUGACUUAUUUAAUACCAAAAAAAGUGUUUUACAAGAUCACUUUUCUAAGUUACUGAAUGAUCAGUGCAAGAACUUUAAUGACUGGUUUGGCAGUACUAAAAUGAGCCUUAAAGAGUGUUUUGAAUCAUCAGAAACAAAAAAGAGUGUGGAACAAAAGCUACAAAAACUUUCUGAUUUCUUGACUCUUGAAGGAAAAGGCAGUAAAAUACAACAGGUCGGAACUGUGCUGAAUCAUGUGAAGAAGCAUCUGCCCAAAGCACAUGUUAAGGAACUUAACAGUUGGAUUAUAAACCAAGAAAUUGAAUUAGAAAAAAUGGAGUCCGUAUGCCAGGCACGAGCAAAGGAGCUUGAUGACCACUUGCAGCAGCUGCUGAGACUCCAGGAUGACCACAGAAAUCUGAGUAAGUGGUUGACUAGUCAAGAGGAGAAAUGGAAAGAAAUGGAAGAAACAGGAGAGAAAACUGAGCUAUUUUGCGAAGCUCUCGCCAGGAAGAGGGAACAGUUUGAAUCUAUGGCCCAGUUGAACAACUCUUUGAAGGAACAUGGGCUUGCUGAAGAAGAAAUAAUAAUGGAAUCAAUACAUUUGAUUAAUAGAUACCAGACAUUGUUGAGACAAUUAUGUGAAAUUGAUGAAGAGGAUAAGUUACCUCCUGCUGAGGACCAGCGCUUUAAUGAUCUUGCACAUGAUGUAAUUCAUUGGAUCACAGGAAUUAAAGACUCCCUUAUGGUUUUGAAUUCAUCUGAAGGCAAAAUGCCACUUGAGGAAAGAAUCCAAAAAAUAAAGGAAAUCAUUUUACUGAAGCCUGAAGGGGAUGCUAAAAUAGAGACCAUCAUGAGUCAGGCUGAGAACACCAAGGUUCUUUCGGUUCCAAAGACCCUGACUGAUAUCAGGAGCCAGUGGGACAACACCCUCCAUUUAGCCAACACGUAUUUAAGCCAUCAAGAAAUGCUUCUGCUAGAAGGAGAGAAGUAUUUGCAAAGUAAGGAUGACCUGAGAUUAAUGCUUACAGAGCUAAAAAAGAAACAAGAAGUAGGUUUUGCUCUGCAACAUGGUUUGCAGGAGAAAAAAGCUCAGUUAAAAAUUUAUAAGAAAUUCCUCCAGAAAGCACAAGAUUUGACAUCCUUGCUAAAGGAGUUAAAAUCUCAAGGAAAUUACCUCUUGGAAUGCACUAAAAACCCCAACUUCAGUGAAGAGCCUUGGCUGGAAAUCAAGCAUCUACAUGAAAGCCUCCUUCAACAAUUACAGGAUUCUGUGCAAAAACUGGAAGAUCAUGUUCAAGAACACCACUCAUACGAGGUGUGCGUUACAGACCUGAAUACUGCAUUGGACAAUAUCUCCAAGGAAUUUGCCUGUUUUUCUGAUAAGCCUGUGGAUCAACUAGCUCUUGAGGAAAAACUGCAGAAACUUCAGGAACUAGAGAAUAGACUCAGUUUACAAAAUGUCACAUUAAAGAAGAUUUCAGCUUUAGCAAAAUCCAUCAAGCAAAACACAUCUUCAGUGGGACAGAAGAUUAUUAAAGAUAAUAUAAAAUCACUUAAGGGUAAACAAAAAGAUUUAGAAAACAGACUUGAAUCUGCUAAGCAGGAGACAGAAAAUCAUCUCAAUAGCAUUCUCAAAUCAAAAUACUCAACAGGAAAGAAAGAAAAGUUUACUCUGCCAGGCAGAGAGAAGCAGGUCACUUCUGAUGUGCAGGAGUCCACUCAGGACUCAGCCACUGUGGGAAUGUUCGAGGAAGACCAGGAAAUAAACAAGAAUUCAGCUGUGGAAAUGGUUUUGUCAAGACAACUUUCUCUUGAUGUUCAAGAAAGCAUGAAAAACACUGAAGAUGAACAGAAAGUCACUGAGCUGCAAAAUCAACCUUUAGAAUUAGAUGUUAUGUUAAGAGAUGAACAAUUAAAAGAGAUAGAGGAAUUACAUACCCAGUUGGAAGCAAAGAAAGCAGCCAUUGACCCACUGAAAUGCAGUGAAGACCUCAAGGGAACAGAGGCAAGUGCCUUGGUUCUCCACAGCACAAGGUAUUCAGUGCACCACUUGGACAAUGUACUUCAGGCACUAACUACUUUGAAGAAAAAUAAAGAAAGCCAAUACAAUCUGCUUAAAGAUUUUCAGGAACAGCUUGCUACAGCUGAAUCCUCAUUAAAAGCCUUGUUGACAGAAAAGGAAAGUCUAAAAGUGGGACCACUGGACAGUGCAACCUACUUGGAUAAAAUUAGAAAAUUGCUAGUGUCAGUAGAAAAAGAGAAAGGUUCUUUAAGCAGGAUGAAAAUUGAAUGGGAAAAUUUAUCAGACCAUCUGACUGAUAUGGAUAAGAAGCUGUUGGAAAGCCAGAUCAAGCAACUUGAACAUGGUUGGGAACAAGUGGAACAACUGGUUCAAAAGAAGUAUUCUCAGCAAGUAGUGGAACGUGAUGCAUUCACAUUUCUCCUGAGUAAGAUUCAAGACCUUGAAAUUUCUUUGCAGCAGCACCAGUGUUUGCAGUCAAGGCUGAACUCUCCAGAACAGGAAGGGGGCCAAAGUGUGGUUAACCUGGCCACUGAACUCCAGGCUGUCAAGCAUAGGUUUUCUGUUUUAAAGGGGCAGGCUGAACUUCAGAUGAAGAGGAUUUGGGGAGAAAAAGAGAAGAAGAUUUUGGAAGAUGCAGUAAAUAAUUUGCAGAGGCAUUUGGAAGUAUUGGAACCAUUAAACAUGGAGAUGGAAAAUCAAAUCAAGCAGUGUGAAGUAAAGAACAAGAUGAAAGAGACCAUCUUGUGGGUCAAGAAGCUGCUCGGUGAACCCAUUCCUACCAUUUCUCUUCUCCCAGAUGACAUUCUUUCACAGAUUAGAAAGUGCAAGGUGACACAUGAUGGCAUCCUGGAUAAGCAACAGGCUGUGGAGUCAUUGGUUGAAGAAGUCAAAGAGAAUAUUCCUAACCUUACAGUAUACGAGAGCAGUGAUUUAAAUAACCUUCUACAAGACUUACAGAAUCAAUACCAACUGCUAGUUUUAAAAUCAACUCAAAGAUCGCAGCAAUUAGAAUUUAAAUUGGAAGAAAGAAGCAAAUUUGUUGCUGUAAUAGGGAAGGUUCAGCUUUCCCUCCGAGGAAGUGAAGCCCUGGUGAUCCCCAGGAGGAGAACACCUUCCGCAGGAGCUGAACUGGAGCAUCAGCAUGUCGCUCUGGCGACUUCUCAGAAGGAACUGCAGGAAAUUGAGAGAAUAAUCUCAGCACACCUUCAGGAACAAGCAAACAUUUGUAAGGGUCUAAGUGUGUUUGAAAGAUCGUUUCUGGAUGAUCAAUUGAAAAAUCUUAAGGCUAGAGCCAACAGAACUCAACGAUUCAUUCAAAAUAAGUGGAAUGAAGUAGAACGCAAGAUACAUUUUUAUAGCGAAUUCCAUGAGAAAACAUCUGCGCUUCAGAAGGAGGUUGACCAUAUCCAGCACAGGGAACUGAAAGAACUCAGUCAAGGACUAAAUCAAGAUGCUAAAGAGGAGUUCUGUAGUCUUCAAGACCGACUCACUGGUAUUCAGUCUCGGAUCCUACAAGUACUGAAAUUCAAAGAAGUGUUUGACCAGCUAGGACUGAACUGGGAUUGUUCCCAGCUUGAUCAAUUACAAACCCAAGUAUUUGAAAAGAAAAAGGAACUUGAAGAAAAAAUUAAGCAGUUGGACACAUUCAUGGAAGAACAUAGCAAAUACCAAGCAUUACUGAGCAAACUGAGGGCUAUGGAUCUGCACAUUAAGGAAAGGGCUGAAGGCGUAUUAAAACCUCUCAGUGCCUCCCCAGACAGCAUUCUGCUCAGUGCUCACAUUUUGAAUCAGAGAAUCGAGAAAGCCAUGUGCUUGAAUCGUGAGAUGCUAAAGAAGUUAAGUGAAAGUGAAGUAUUUGAUGGCUCGUUCAAAGAGAAAGAAAUACCACAAAUGAAGCUGUAUGCAGAAGAAAAUGCUAAGUUACACACGAUUCUCCAAAACAUAGUACUAGAAUCCCAGUCGAAAGAAAUGGAUGAAAAGAACUUUCACGACAAAUUAGAAAAUUCCUUACGUGUUUUAAAUCAGAUAAAAUCUCAGUUACAGCAGCCUUUACUUAUAAAUUUGAAAAUGGAACAUAUUGAAAAUGAAAAGAUUAACUGUGAAGUGUUUCAAGAACAAGUUCAGGCAGAAAUGUAUAGCAUUAAAGCUGUGACAAUUAUUGAGAAGCAAAGAGCAGAAAACCCUUCUGAAGCUAGUGAUGUGGAGAAAAAAUUAUGUGACAUUGAAGAUCUUCACAUGCAGCUUAACACAAGCAUUGAUUUGCGCACAAAUGUCUUGACUAAUGCUGGUGAAAACAUGGCACGCUAUAAUGAGGCAGUCACCAGGGCAAUGCAGGUCAUCACUGCCCUGGAAGCCAUCAUCGCAUCCCACAGAGCCGACUUUGAUAAUCCAGAAGAAUCACUAGAGAAACCUCGCUGGCAGCAAGAGGAGUUAGAAUCCACAGUAGCAGACAUCCAAGACCUCACUGAGAAACUGGGGACUAUAUCCAGCCCUGAAGCCCACCAACAGCUUCAGUGUACUUUACAGGAGUUACUUUCUAAGAACUCAGCCAUGAGGGAGGCAGCCAGAGUCAAGGAAGCUGAAAUAGAAAGGUGUCUCAAGGAUUACAAAUGCUAUAGAGAAAUUAAAGAGAGAAUUUGUGCUAACCUUAGUCAAGUGGAAACAGUUCUUGAGCAGUCCAUGUCCACGUUGCCAGGGUCUUACAAAGAAACUUUAGAGCGCUUGGAACACAGCAAGGCCUUGGUAUCAAAUCUUAUAUCAACCAAAGAAGAGUUUGUGAAAGUACGACAGAUCCUCAGACACCUGAGACCCCUGUGCACAGACCACGAUGGUGUAUGUUUGCUCAGAACCAUGCUGGCUCUGUGGGAAAAAUGGCUGAGUUUGCUGGAAGCUGCUAAAGAAUGGGAGAUGUGGUGUGAAGAGCUGAAGCAGGAGUGGAAAUUUGUCAGUGAAGAAAUUGAACGAGAAGUGAUAAUUUUAGAUAAUCUUCAAGAAGAUCUCCCUGAAAUUUCUGAAGUAAAAGAGGCAGCCAGCACAGAGGAACUCUCUGAGUUGCUAGAUUGUUUAUGCCAAUAUGAAGAGAAUGUGGAGCAGCAGCAGCUGUUACUGACUCUACUUCUUCAACGCAUAGAAAGUAUCCAAAACACUUCUGAAAGCUCAAGCGCUGUAGAAACUGUUCCGGCAUUUCAAGAGAUUAUGUCUAUGCAAGAUCGAUGCAACAAGCUUUUUCUGAAAGCUCAAAAAAACAAGGAACUGAUACAAAAUGAAAUCCAAGAAAGACAUUCCUUCACAAAAGAAAUAAUUUCUUUGAAGAAUUUAUUUCAACAGACUACAACUUCUUUCCAAAAUAUGGAAUUACAGGACCACCCAGAAAAGGCAGGACAGUUUGAGGAGCUGCAAAACAUCCUUAAGAAAGGGAAGCUAACUUUUGAGGAUAUUAUGGAAAAACUGCGAAUCAAGUAUUCGGAAAUGUACACCAUAGUCCCUGCAGAGAUUGAAUCCCGGGUGGAAGAAUGCAGAAAAGCUUUAGAAGACGCUGAUGAGAAGAUUAGCAGUGAAGUCUUGAAAAGCUCACCAUCAUUUGUAAUGAGUAGAAAAAUAGAUGAAAUUAACAAUGGGCUUCAUAAUAUUGAAAAGAUGUUGCAACAGAAAAGCAAAAAUAUUGAGAAAGCUCAAGAAAUUCAGAAGAAAAUGUGGGAUGAACUAGAUGUCUGGCAUUCCAAGCUAAAUGAGCUGGAUUCUGAAGUCCAGGACAUUGUUGAGCAGAAUCCAGAACAGGCUCAAGAAUGGAUGGAUAGCUUGAUGAUUCCUUUCCAGCAGUAUCAGCAAGUAUCACAGAGAGCAGAAUCUAGAACUUCACAGUUAAAUAAGGCCACAAUUAAGGUGGAGGAAUAUCAUGAUCUUUUGAAGAGUACUGAGGCUUGGAUAGAAAAUACCAGUCGUUUGCUGGCAAAUCCUGCGGACUAUGACUCUUCACAGAUGCUGAGUCACCAUGCUAGCACCUUGCAGAUGGCUUUGGAGGAUUCAGAACAGAAGCACAAUCUUCUACAUUCAAUUUUCACAGAUCUAAAAGAAUUGUCAAUAGUUUUUGAAACAGAUGACUUAGUACAGUCUGUACACAAGUUAAGUUAUCAAGUAGCAGCUUUACAACAAAAAAUCAUGGAACACCUUCCACAGAUUCAGCUCAUGGCUGAUGAUGUGGUUGCUAUUGAAACCGAAGUAAAAUCAAUGGAGAAAAAAGUUUUAAAAAUCAAAACUAUCCUGUUAUCAAAAGAAAUAUUUGAUUUUUCACCUGAAGAACAUCUCAGGCAUGGGGAGGUCAUACUUGAAAAUAUACGCCCCAUGAAGAAAACUAUUGCUGAAAUAGUGUCUUACCAAGUGGAACUGAGGUUACCCCAGACAGGAAUGAAACCUCUUCCAGUGUUGCAGCGGAUAAAUCAGCUUUCACAAGAUAUAAAAGUAUUGGAAAAUGUGACUCAGGAACAAAAUGAAUUAUUAAAGAUUGUCAUAAAACAGACUAAUGAAUGUGAUGAGGACAUUGAAAAUUUGAAGCACAUCUUAAAUAAUAAUUCAGCUGAGUUCUCCAGUGAACGUAUGCCACCAGAUCAAGCUGCCAGCCUGCCACAAGUCCAGGGAGAGAGAGAAGGUCUGGAAAAGCAGAUUCAGGGUUUGAACCAGAAAAAAGACGACUUGUUGGUGGACUUGAAAGCUGCCAUACUGAGCCUUCACCAGCAUUUACAGCAAGAACAGCAAGAGUUAGAAAAAGAAAUGCUGACGGCUGGAGCAGCAGCAGAAGAUGGAAUGGCUGAGAGAGAUGUUUCUGAGUGGAAGUUGAACAGAGCUGGUUCCAUGUCUCUCCUGCCAGCAGUGAAGGAAGAGGCUGAAGACAGCUCGCUGAGAAGUGAAAAUGGAGACAAGAAAGCAGAGCCAUCUUCCGGGUCUUGGUCUUUAUUUUGGAAGAAUGAGAAAGACUUGGAGGAAGAUAAAGAAUCCUCAUCUUCUGGGACAAUCAUUCAGGAGGCAGCUGGGAGAGUGAGCACAAGUGACAGUUCCAGGGCACAAGUCCUGGCACCAGACUCACUAAACACUGAGCAAGGCCCAGACUUCUCCCUGAGUUCCAACCAAACAGAAGAGGGUGCCACACCUCCUAUCAAGGCUACAGCUGUGGGCUUUUCUGACGAGCAAGGAGCUUUUGAGGGCACAGUGGAGAAACCUAGGCCUGAGCCUGCAGAAGUCCUCCAUGUCUGCAAGACCCAGGUUGCUGAGCUGGAGCUGUGGUUGCACCAAGCCAACGUGGCAUUCGAGCCGGAAACACUAAACUGGGACAUGCAGCAGGUGGUGGAACAGCAGCUGGUAGGGUGCCAGGCUAUGCUGACAGAGAUUGAGCACAAGGUUGCCUCUCUGUUAGAGAAUUGCAAAGAUCAGGGCCUGGGAGAAAGUGGAGACACUCAACAUGAGGCUGAAGCACUUUCCUUGAAACUAAAAACUGUGAAAUGCAAUUUGGAGAAAGUCCAGGUGAUGCUUCAGGAAAAAUACAGUGAGGACCAGCAUUCUACCAUUCUAAAGAAAUCUUUGGAGCAUCAGAAAGUUCCCCAACCAGAUGACCUCUCUGAAUUGGAAUAUGUGGUAACCGAAAGGCCACAGUUCAGCAGACAAAAAGACCUGCCACAGCAACAGGUUCUGGAGUUAAAGCCAAUGGAACAGAAAGAUUUAAUCAAAUUCAUAGAAUUUAAUGCUAAGAAAAUGUGGCCCCAGUAUUGCCAACAUGUUAAAGAUACAACUGAGAAAUCAUCUGGGAGCAGUGAGGCAUCUAGCCACCAAAACAAUUCUCCAGACUCAGUCUUGUCAAGCCAAGGCCAAAGUGGAGAUAAAUGGCAAUAUUUUCAUCAUGAACUCUCAUCAAAAAUAAGGCUACCUGUACCAGAGCUUGUGCAGCCUCAGGUUACCACAAAUAUGAGUAUUCUACCCAGUGUGAGUGUGUAUAACUUUAGAUACCCAUCAACUGAAGAACUGAAAACUUACACCACCCAACUUGAAGAUCUGCGUCAAGAAGCAAAUCUUCAGACACAGGAAAAUAUGACUGAAGCAACAGACAUAAAUUUGGAUAAAAAAUUAUUUGAACUAUUUCUGCCCCUCAGUCAGUGCCUCGGCCGGGUGGACGAGAUGCUGCAGACCCCUGGGCUCCUCAGGGAGGAUGUUUGGGCACAGCAGGUGCUCUGUGAGACACUGGCUCUGGAGCUGAAAAAGCUUUACUUAGCCAUGAAUGACAAAAAGGAUGCUCUUUUGAAAGCCAUGAUUUGGCCUGGCAAGAACACCAGCUUGUUCCUAGACUGUUGGGAUAACCUCCUCGUCUACGUGGAGCACACCCGGGCCACAGCUGCCUCCAGAAGCAAGUCCCUGAAAGCUGGCCUCGACUACACCCGCAGUUACCAGAAUGAAAUAAAGCGAUUAUAUGAUCAGCUUAUUAAGAAUAAAACAUCUUUACAACAGUCUUUGAGUGAAAUCAGUGGCCAGAGUAUUGAUGAACAGCUUCAGAAAGCAGAAGCCUAUACAGUGGAGCUGCAGAACUCCGAGAGCCGAGUGGCAAAACUAAGAGAUGAAGGGGAGAGGCUUCAUUUACCUUAUGGUUUGCUCCAAGAGGUUUACAAAUUAGAGGAUGUACUUGACAGUAUGUGGGGAAUCCUGAGAGCCAAGUACACAGAACUCAGCAGUCCAUUCAUUACCGAGAGCCAGCAAGAUGCUUUGUUGCAAGGCAUGGCGGAACUAGUGAAUAUCGGAAAGGAAAAGCUUGCUCAUGACCACUUACAACGAUCCAAAAGUAAAGUUUCCUUACAGACUCAAAUACAAAAUCACAAGCUAUUUUUCCAGAAGCUUGUUGCCGACAUGCUGUCAAUCCAAACAUACUCCAACAAAAUGCUUCCUUCUUUAUUGCAAAAGAAAGAGACAUUUUGGGCAGAACAAAUAAAGGAAGUUGAAUCACUAGAAGAAAAGUCACACCAGUGUGGGAUAAAGCUGCAGAGCUUGUUGGAGAAAUGGGAAGAAUUUGAUGAAAACUAUGCAUCUCUUGAAAAGGACCUGGAAGUGCUUGUAUCCACGUUGCCCUCUGUGAGUUUGGUGGAAGAGACGGAGGAGAGAUUAGUGGAAAGGAUUUCAUACUACCAGCAAAUAAAAAGAAACUUGGAUGAAAAACACGCCCGGCUUUACCAGACUCUUAAUGAAGGCAGACAGCUGGUGGCAUCUGUGAGCUGUCCUGAACUAGAGAGCCAGAUUGCAAAACUGGAAGAGCAGUGGCUGUCCCUAAACAAAAAAACUGAUCAUGAACUACACAGACUACAAACGCUUCUCAAGCAUCUGCUCAGUUAUAACAGAGAUUCGGAUCAGUUAACCAAGUGGUUAGAAUCUUCUCAGCAAACUCUGAAUUAUUGGAAAGAACAGUCCCUCAAUGUGUCUCAAGACUUGGAUACAAUCAGGAGCAACAUAAAUAACUUUUUUGAGUUUUCAAAGGAGCUUGAUGAGAAGUCCUCCUUGAAGACUGCAGUUCUAAGUACUGGGAACCAGCUUCUUCACCUGAAGGAGGCGGAUACAGCUACCCUGAGAGCUUCUUUAGCACAGUUUGAACAAAAAUGGACAAUGCUUGUAACACAACUUCCAGAUAUUCAAGAAAAACUUCACCAGCUUCAGAUGGAGAAAUUGUCAUCUCAUAAAGCAAUCACGGAAAUGAUUAGCUGGAUGAACAAUGUGGAACAUCAGACUGCAAAGGAAGACUUUGAGCAUUCAUUGAGUUCCGCAUCUCAAGUUAAAAAUCUUCUUCAGAAGUACAAGGAGUUCAGAAUGGAAAUGGACUAUAAACAAUGGAUAGUUGACUUUGUUAACCAGUCAUUACUUCAGUUAAGCACCUGUGAUGUAGAAAGUAAGCGCUAUGAGAGAACAGAGUUUGCAGAGCACCUGGGAGAGAUGAACCGCCAGUGGCACCGGGUCCAUGGAGCGGUAAAUAGAAAGAUACAACAUUUAGAACAAUUUUUGGAAAGUAUCACUGAAAAUGAAAACAGAGUACAGAUUUUGAACAACUGGAUGGAGGCACAAGAGGAGAGGCUGAAAACGUUACAAAAACCCGAAAGUGUGAUCUCAGUGCAAAAGAUGCUCCUGGACUGUCAGGAUAUAGAAAAUCAACUUGCAAUUAAAUCCAAAGCACUGGAUGAGUUGAGACAAAGUUAUCUGACUUCAGAGAGUGGGAUGAUGCCAUUGUUAAAAGAUACAGCAUCAAGGAUUGAUGGGUUAUUUCAAAAGAGAAGCAGUGUUAUCCACCAGGUCAAUGAGCUCAAGACCUCCAUGCAGUCCGUGUUACAGGAGUGGAAGGUUUAUGAUAAACUCUAUGACGAAGUGAGCAUGAUGACAACCCGAUUCUCGUACUGCGUGGAACACAGCAAGCCUGUGCUUUUAUCUUUAGCGGCCUUAACCUGCCAGGUGAAGAACCUUCAGUCUCUUCAGGACGAAGCUGAGAGAAGUGAAGGUAGUUGGGAGAAACUCCAAGAGGUUAUUAGAAAACUCAAAGAUUACUGCCCCUCAGUUGCUGAAAUAAUUGAAGAGAAAUGCCAGGAUACUCACACAAGGUGGACCCAGGUAAACCAAGACAUCGCAGACCAGUUGCAGAAGGCCCAGAGCCUGCGGCAGCUCUGGCAAACCUGUAACAGUGCUCAUACUGAAGCUGCCGCAAGGCUGGAGCAGCAGGAAGCAAAGUAUGGGCAGCUCGCAAACACCGCCAUGUCUGGAAACAACCUGGCAGAAAGCCUGCCCCCAGCCCUAUGGGAUAUGAAGGAGCUGCAGCAUGAUGUGCAGAGGACUAAAGAAGCCUUUCUCCAAAAUGCCCCUCUCUUGGAUCGGCUCCCGCAACCUGCAGAGUCCGGUGCCCACGUGCUCCUCUCUGGUCAAGUGCACUCCCUCCAGAGGGCUUCUUACUUGGAAAAGAUGCUGCUUAGGAAAGCAAAUGAAUUUGAGUUUGUUCUGUCACAGUUCAAGGAUUUUGGGGACCAGUUGGAAUCUUUAAAAACUCUCAUUAUGCGUGAAGAAGAGAAUUCGGAUAAACUCUAUCAUCAGGGAAAAGAAGAAAGUCCUGACUCAUUCCUGAAGCAUGUGCUAGCACUGACAGCCCGAUCACCUGAUGUUGAACUUUUGAAUGAAGUUAGCCUCAAGCUCCCACUUAGUGACAUAGCUGUAAAGACAUUACAAAACAUGAACCGCCAGUGGAUUCGGGCCACAGCGACAGCUCUGGAACGUUGCAGGGAGCUUCAGGGAAUUGGAUUGAAUGAAAAGUUUCUUCAUUGCUAUGAAAAGUGGGUCCAGCUUUUGGAGAAGGUAGAAGCAGCACUCCAGAUGGAUAUUGCUGACAGCCUUCCUGCUCUCCUGGAACAGCAGAAAACAUAUGAGACAUUAGAAGCCGAAGUUUCUAUAAACCAGACAAUUGCUGAUUCUUAUGUUACCCAGUCCCUACAACUCCUGGACACGACAGAAAUAGAGAACAGACCGGAGUUUGUUUCCAAGUUCAUGAAACUGAAGGACCGGUGGCAGCGUGCUGCCCAGAGCAGUCGGCAGCAGAAGAGUGACGUCGAUGGGCUGGUGAGGCAGUGGCGGCACUUCACCACCUCUGUGGAGCUCUUGCUCCGCUUCCUUGCUGACACCAGCCACCUGCUGUCUGCAGUGAAGAGCCAGGAUUGCUACAGCCUCUACCAAACUAGAAGUCUGAUCCAUGAGCUGAAGGGUAAAGAAACUCAUUUUCAGAGAUGGCAGACCACUUACGCAUUAACCUUAGAAACUGGGGAAAAGUUACUGAACACAACUAACCUGGAAACUAAAGAGUCAAUUGGCAAGAGAAUCAGUCAACUUCAGGACAACUGGAAGGACACAAAGCUCCAAGUAGGAGAGAUGGUUAAACAGUUCCAGAAUGUUGUAGAGACCUGGGACCAGUGUGAAAAGAAAAUCAAGGAGCUGCGAAGCAGGCUGCAAGUUUUAAAGGCACACAGUAAAGAUCCUCUUCCUGAACUUCAUGAGGACCUCCAUAAAGAGAAGGAACUGAUUACGGAACUAGAGAAAUCUUUGGCCACCUGGACUCAGAACUUGGAAGAACUUCACACUAUGAAGAGCGACUUAACCCAGCACAUUCUUGUGGAGGACGUGAUGGUUUUGAAGGAGCAAAUAGAGCAUUUGCACAGACAAUGGGAGGACCUCUGCUUAAGGGUGGCCAUACGCAAGCAGGAGAUUGAAGACAGACUCAAUUCAUGGAUUGUGUUCAAUGAAAAAAAUAAAGAGUUGUGUGCAUGGCUGGUGCAGAUGGAAAACAAAGUCCUACAGACGGCAGAUGUCAGCAUUGAAGAAAUGAUUGAAAAGUUACAGAAGGACUGCAUGGAAGAAAUAAACUUGUUUAGUGAAAACAAGUUACAGCUAAAGCAAAUGGGUGACCAGUUGAUCAAGGCCAGCAUUAAAACGAGAGCAGCUGAGAUAGAUGACAAGCUCAACAAAAUUAAUGACCGCUGGCAGCACCUUUUUGAUGUCAUUGGCUCAAGGGUGAAGAAGCUGAAGGAGACUUUUGCUUUUAUUCAGCAGUUAGACAAAAACAUGAGCAACCUUCGCACCUGGUUGGCCCGGAUUGAGUCUGAGCUUUCUAAGCCCGUUGUGUAUGACGUCUGUGAUGAUCAAGAGAUCCAGAAGAGGCUCGCCGAGCAGCAGGACCUGCAGCGAGACAUUGAGCAGCACAGUGCAGGGGUGGAGUCUGUGUUUAACAUCUGUGACGUCCUACUGCACGACUCCGAUGCGUGCGCCAAUGAGACCGAGUGUGACUCCAUCCAGCAGACCACCAGAAGCCUGGACAGGCGCUGGCGGAACAUCUGCGCCAUGUCAAUGGAACGGCGAAUGAAAAUUGAGGAGACAUGGCGCCUGUGGCAGAAGUUUUUAGAUGAUUACUCCCGCUUUGAGGACUGGCUCAAGUCAGCUGAGAGGACAGCGGCCUACCCGAAUUCCUCAGAGGUGUUGUACACCAGUGCCAAAGAAGAGCUGAAGAAGUUUGAGGCCUUUCAGCGGCAGAUCCACGAGAGGCUCACGCAGCUGGAGCUCAUCAACAAGCAGUACCGGCGGCUGGCCCGGGAGAACCGCACCGACUCGGCCAGCAGGCUGAAGCACAUGGUCCACGAGGGCAACCAGCGCUGGGACAGUCUGCAGAGGCGGGUCGCGGCCGUCCUGCGGCGACUCAGACAUUUCACCAACCAAAGGGAAGAAUUUGAAGGGACGAGGGAGAGCAUUCUGGUGUGGCUCACAGAGAUGGACCUCCAGCUAACCAACGUGGAACACUUCUCAGAGAGUGACGCCGAUGACAAGAUGCGCCAGCUGAAUGGUUUCCAACAGGAAAUUACGUUAAAUACCAACAAGAUUGAUCAGCUCAUCGUGUUUGGGGAGCAGCUCAUCCAGAAGAGCGAGCCCCUGGAUGCCGUACUGAUGGAGGACGAGCUGGAGGAGCUGCACCGGUACUGCCAGGAGGUGUUCGGCAGGGUCUCCCGCUUCCACCGGAGGCUGACCUCCCACCCUCCGGGCUUGGAAGAUGAAAAGGAGGCCUCUGAGAAUGAAACGGACAUGGAGGACCCCAGAGAGGUCCAGGCUGACUCCUGGCGUAAGAGGAGAGCAAGCGAGGAGCCCUCGCCGCCUCUUUGCCAUCUGGUGCCUCCAGCCCCGGGGCCCGAGCGGUCCGGCUGCGAGACCCCCGUCAGCGUGGACUCCAUUCCCCUGGAGUGGGAUCACACGGGUGACGUGGGGGGCUCCUCCUCUCACGAAGACGACGAGGAAGACCCCUACUACAGCGCGCUGUCAGAUGUAGAAAUCCCUGAAAAUCCUGAGGCAUAUCUUAAAAUGACCACAAAAACUUUGAAAGCGUCUUCUGGUAAAUCCAUUUCUGAGGGCCACGCUUGGCAUGUUCCUGAUAGCCCUUCCUGUCCCAAGCAUCACUACAAACAAAUGGGAGGUGAUAGGAUUGUACAGCCUAUCCCUUCAGAUUCCAGCACUCCUUAUAAACCAGCCUGUGUAAAGCUGCCAUUACCUCCAGGCACUGAUGGUGGCAAAGAAAGCCCAGCAGUCUUGAAUGGCAGCCCCCAGCCAGCGGCCGAGGGGCUGGCCGCCCUCGCCGGGCAGCAGCCAGGUGCCUUUGACACAUGGGAGCUGAUUCAAGCACAAGAACUUCACAAUAAACUCAGAAUAAAACAAAACUUGGAGCAGCUGAAUUCUGAUAUCUGCAACAUCACCACUUGGCUGAAAAACACUGAAGCAGAGCUAGAAACAUUAAAGAUGGCAGAGCCUCCUGCUGAUAUCCAGGAACUGGACCUCAGAGUGAAGAGACUGAAGGAGGUGUUAAAAGCCUUUGACACUUACAAGGGUUUAGUGGCCUCUGUCAAUGUGAGCAGCAAGGAGCUCCUGCAGCCUGAGAGCACUGAAUCCCGAGAGCUCCAGGGCAGAGUCGGCCAGCUGAGGCUGCGCUGGGACGCGGUGCAGGGUGCGGUGGAGAGCUGGCGCCGGGGUCUGCGGCAGUCGCUCAUGCAGUGCCAGGACUUUCACCAGUUGAGUCAAAGUCUGCUACUAUGGUUAGCGAGUGCUGAGAGCCGGAGGCAGGAGGCUCAUGUUGCCGACCCAGAGGCAGACCCCCAGGUUCUCCUGGAGUGUCGGGAAGCACUAAUGCAACUGGAAAAGGAGCUUGUGGAACGUCAACCUCAAGUAAACUCCUUACAAGAGAUUUCAGACAGCCUUCUUAUUAAGGGGCAUGGAGAAGACUACAUUGAGGCUGAAGAGAAGGUGCAUGUUAUUGAAAAGAAACUCAAACAGUUACUUGAGCAAGUGUCCCAAGACCUAAUAUCCUUGCAGGGCAGCCAGAACCCAGACCCAUCUCUGUCCGGCUUGGAUGAGGCCGACUCUGGAGAGCAGCCGCCAGCCUCCUCGCCAGCACCCCAAGCACAGUUCAGAGCAGAGAGAACUACAAAAGGCAAGAACCAGACAGACCACAGGGUGCCAGGCCCCGCCGGUCCAGGCAGCUCGCGGCCGCAGCGCUCCUUCCUCUGCCGCGUGGUCCGAGCAGCGCUGCCCCUGCAGCUGCUGCUCCUGCUCCUCCUGCUCCUGGCCUGCCUGCUGCCCUCCUCCGAAGAGGACUACAGCUGCACUCAGGCCAACAACUUCGCCAGGUCCUUCUACCCCAUGCUGAGGUACACCAACGGGCCGCCCCCCACAUAGAGGGCUUGGCCUGGCCUGUAGCUACACUCCACCAGCCAGUUUACACGGGGCCUGACUCACAGCCCUGGAAUGUGGGGGUGACUCAUGUGGCCUGGUCCAGGCCUCAGCUUGGUCUCCCCCUCCAGGAAUGCCCAGAGAGCCUCUCUGGGAACCCAGGGCAACAGUUGCCCCAGGCAAUUUGGUUUCAAGAUCUCUGGAAACUACCAUUUCCCGAAGAGCCAAGCACUUUGAAUUCUGAUUUAUUUGUAAAACAUUAUUAAAGAAAACAUUAAAGUGUAGCUAAUAUGGUCAAUGAACAGUAGUGUCCCCACAUUAAUAUAUAAUAUGGAAACGAGCAGUCACAUGCCACCUUAGAAAUGGGUCAGAAACUCACAUGCACCCUUGACUGAUUGAUUGAAACAAUCAUAUUUAAAAUGUUUAGAAUUCAUUUUAUUCCAAUCAGCUGGCAAUCCUGAGCUACAGGUUAGAAACCAAAAUGUUCUGUCAGUACUUAGGUCAGUCCUUUUAUAUUGCUUUAAAUUUUUAAAGAAAGUGUACUGCAUGGAUGUGGUUAUUUGUGCAUAUUUUUUAACAAUGCUCAAUCUGUAUGAAUAAUGUAAACUUUGAUUUUUUUAAAAAAAAUUUUAGCUUGAGCUUUUGACUAAUGUACAGAAAAUGCCGAACUACAGACUUGAUAGAGAUGUUUUUGUAAAUGAAUUUUGUAAGACUUCACAAUGAAAGUGAUGCUUCAGGUUUUGUUUAACUGUUCGGCUACAGGGGGUCGGUACAGAAACUUGAAGCUGUUUGUGAAUGUACAACUCAGAUGUUUCUCAUUAAAUCAAAACAAAAAACCAUA